CCUGACAGAAAUGCGCAAUGUCAGGUGUGAUGUAAAUGAAGAGGUGAAGGUGAGAACGUGAGUGAGCGUUUUCUUAGGCUCUAGCGUCCUGCUCAUGAUGUCCUUAUAAAGGCUAAUCAGGACACCCUGUACUUUCUGAAGCAUUGAAUCCAGAGAGGAACGGAUUCAGAGCGUCAGCUCAGAGACUCACACGCCAUGAAGGACACGGCGUGAGGUUUAGACGGCAGGAGGUGGGCGAUUUCUCUAUGCAGGAUGAAACAGGUGGAGAUUUUGGAUGAUCAAACCAAAGAACAGCUGUGUUUUCUGGACAAGCAGGUUGAGUAUUGCUCCACUAUUGGUGAUAUUAAACAACUCUUUCAUAGAGUGUAUCCUCAGUUGUAUCCAACAAGACAAGCACUCAAACUAAAUCCCAAAUCAGCCGAGGUCAGAGACGACGAGCUUUUACAGAAUUUACCUGUCGGUACAAUAGCCAUGCUGUAUAUCCAAGACCUCUGCCCUCGCUUCGGCUGGACCAUGGUGUUUCUGUCGGAGUACGUAGGACCGCUCCUGAUAUACCUGCUCUUCUAUUUCCGACUUCCCUACAUCUACACUCAUACACACACCUUCACUCCACCUGGCCCCCAUCCUGUAGUCAGUCUGGCAUGUGUGUGUCAUACUCUCCAUUACAUAAAGAGAUUGAUGGAAACAGUAUUUGUGCAUCAUUUCACCCAUGGAACUUUGCCUGUUGGGGUCAUCAUAAGAAACUGUGUGUAUUACUGGGGUUUUGCUGCGUGGUUGGCAUAUUACAUUAAUCACCCACUUUACACUCCACCAUCUUAUGGACAACCACAGAUCACCUGUGCACUCGUCAUGUUCAUGCUGUGUGAAGUGGGAAAUUUCUCUAUUCACUGGUCACUCAACACCUCCAGAGCAGAGGCAGGAGCAAAAUACCGAAGUUUUCCUCAUCCCUCUAAAAACCCCUUCACUUGGCUUUUCUUCUUUGUUUCCUGCCCCAACUAUACAUAUGAGGUUGGAGUGUGGGUGAGUUUUUCCAUCAUGACUCAGUGUGUUCCAGUUGCUGUCUUCACGCUGAUCGGAUUUGUUCAGAUGACAAUAUGGGCGAAAUGGAAACACAAAACCUACACAAAGGAAUUUAAAGACUAUCCUGCUCUCCGUAUGUCCAUCAUCCCUUUCAUCCUGUGACAGGAAAAUACUGAAAACCUCUGGAGGCACUUUCUCUCAUUCCUGCUAUCACACACCACCCAACUCAUCAGUUACCAUUAAUUCUUUCUCAUGCUCUGGGUUUAAAAAUGAAGCGACUCCAACAAUGUUUAUUUAGCUGUUUCCUGUUUGCAUAAAACUUUUUCUUUUUCUUAAUCUCUCUGCUGUGUUUCUGGUCCACUGACACCAAAUUGAAUUUUAUUAUUAGUUACAAAACAAAGGUUUGAACAUUUGUAAAGAAUACAGUAAU